GGCAGCUAAUUUCAAACCAAACAGGAAGUCGAACAGAUGUCUAGGACCCCUUUUUAAAAAUAAGUCAAAAACUGGAUAAAUAUUUACAUUUUAUUGAUUCAUUCGCACAAUGAAAAUCUGCUUUUUUGUAAAGUAGUCGCUGUUUAACAUAUAGUUGUUGUUAGUUUGGGACGUAGUUUUUGCCUGUCGCCUGUCAGAUUCAGUCUGGCAUUGGCUGAACUGGGGUGAGAUGGCAGACGAGGCUCUGUUUCAGUUUUUGCACAGUGAAAUUAUUCAGUAUAUCAACAGUGUAGAAUCUGGAGAAUCGGAAAAUGGUCGAUGUGUUUCUAAACUUGAGAACAUGGGGUUUCGUGUGGGACAAGGACUUAUUGAAAGGUUUACCAAAGACACGCCGCGUUUCAAAGAUGAACUUGAUGUCAUGAAGUUUAUCUGCAAAGAUUUUUGGACCAGUGUUUUUAAGAAGCAGAUUGACAACCUGAGAACCAACCAUCAGGGUAUUUAUGUGCUACAAGAUAACAAGUUCCGCCUGCUGACCCAACUGUCUGCAGGCAAACAGUAUCUAGACCAUGCACCUAAGUUUUUGGCCUUUACCUGUGGCCUGGUCCGAGGAGCACUUUCAAAUCUUGGUGUGAAAAGUAUUGUGACGGCAGAAGUGUCUGUCAUGCCAGCCUGUAAAUUUCAGGUGAUGAUCCAGAAGAUGUGACUGACUACACAAGAGCAUAUUGUUCAUAACAUUUAAAUCUGUUUUAAUGCCUUUCACAUUUUAUUGCUAAUGACACUGAUUAUUUUUUAUUUCCAGUCACUACUGGCAUUUCAAAGUGUUUUGACAUGUAGAAGACAAGCCUCAUUGUAUUGUAUUUUUUUGUUAGUAUUUUGACAUUCGCUGUUGAUACUUACUGUAUUUUGCACUGAUAGCAUUAAAAGCUGAAAUCCUG